AUUGAUUAUCAACUAAUCACUAUUCGUAAUCAUCACAAGAUCAUUUGAUUACCUUUAAAGGUGAAUACCAAUCAUUUUUUAAUUGCUUAGUAAAAAAAUCAAAUCAUCUUCUAGUCUUUCAUUGAUUUUCAACCUUGUGCUAAUUGUUUGUUAAUUUAACCAUCAUGAAAUUUAAUUUUCUGAUCAUCUUUAUUUUCAUCAUCAAAAAUCAUGUUGAUUGUGAUAUUAAUGAUACUUGUGACUCUGGGCAGUUUAAAUGUUUGAAUGGUCAGUGUAUUGAUAGUAAAUUAAUUUGUAACAAUUGGCCUGAUUGUUAUGACUUUUCCGAUGAGCUUAAUGUGACAGGUUGUAAAAGCAAAUACAGACGAGGAUUAAACUUAAUUGUUCAACCAUUAAUUGUUGUCGAUGAAGGUAACAAGCUAUUGAAUGAUAGAGCAGUCAUGCCGCCCGGUUGUCCAUCUGAUCUCCGUUCGUGCAUUGGAACCGGAUGUGGACCUGAUUUUGUCUAUUGUGAAGUCCAUCGGCUCUGUGACUGGAGGAACGGGAAAUUUAAUUGUAGUAAACAAUGUUCACCUGAUCAGUUCAGAUGCUCAUCACAUUACUGCAUAAAUCAAACAAAAGUCUGCGAUGGAAGAUUUAAUUGUUUCAAUCAUAUGGACGAAUUUAAUUGUCGCGAUAGAACUUCAAUUAUUAAUAUAACUGAAAUUGACGCUCGAAUGGCCUCCAGGCAUAAACACUUUGUCCAAAUCAACACUCGUUCACAACAAUCAAAUACUAAUAGUUUUUGGGAUGAAGCUGCGAUUUCAAAGUCAAUCUGGAGUUUUGUUCAUCAACAAUUAAAUAUCCCAAUUCCUUAAGGAAAUUAAUCAAUUUAACUUGAAGUAAUUAUCAAAUUAUCAUUUUUGUUUCUAUUUGUUUAUUGUGUGUAAAGUAAAUCAAAAAGUUGAUCAUUUAAUUACUAAGAUGAUUCUAAAUAACAUAAUUUAGUAAUUAAAUGAUGAUCAUGUAUAAUUUUUUUGUUUGUUUGAUGAAAAGUGGUUAUAUUUAGUGAGAAAAAGGGAAGAUUACAAUUUAAUUUAUAUUAUUAAUAUUAUAUUAAUUGUUGUGGUCACUUUUUCCGAGAUCGGCAAUUGCAGCUCGACAAUUAAUAGGUUUAAUUACUAUUAUUAUGUAAUUAAGUUGAAAUAUGUAAACAAAUAAAAUGCCAAUUGAAAAAUGUAA